UAUUUUACAAGAUUUUAGAGAUAUGGAACACUUCAAAAGUAGAACCACAGUGAUCAAGAGAUUAGGGAUGCUGAAAGCUCAUCUGACUGCUGCGAGGACAGGAGAUGAUAUUUAUAAGAAUGUUUUGCCUAAAGAUCUCAUAAAUGAGGAACUGAAGGCAUCAAUUUCUCAUUUCGAGCAAAAACAUCAAGAUAAUAUCUUAAAAGCCAAGCACAAGUUCUUGGACUACCAGCAGAUGAUCAUGAAGCCUGGGUGGAAACUGGAGAAAGAGAUCAAGUACAAAGGUGGCAGUGGUAAGCUAUGGAGCAACUCUGAUAAAAAAUCCGGGCUUAAUGCCAUCCUCAGGGAGAUUGAGAUCAAUGUACCACACAUACCUGCCUGUGACUUCUUCAAAGAUGAAAUCAGAUUCUCAAAGCUGAAUGAGAACUUGAAAGAGACUAAAAUAGUAGAGGAUCUUAAGAACGAGUCAUCUUAUAUUUACCACUGAUUCAAGGGAAAUAUAGUCGUAUCAGACAGAGAUUUCUCUCUAUUUAAGCAUUGAUUUACCCUACCAGAUGGAAGAUUCGCGAUAGUGAGCUUCUCAGUCAACCACCCCAAGAUGCCUGAGAGGAGAAAGAAGGUGAGAGCUCAUGCUGACCUGUCUGUAUAUCUCAUUACGCCGAUGGGAGAUGAUAAAAUCCUUGUGCAAACUAUCCAAAAUGGGGAUCCUAAGGGAAGUAUUCCAACUGCUUUGGUCAACAACAGGGCUACUAAGCAGUUGGAUGCUUUAGUUCAGAUCAAAAAACAUCUUGAGAAAACUAUUAGGAGAUAAACCUUAUUGGACAUAUCAUGUACUGAGUAAUAGGCUUAUUCAAU